AUGGCGACCACAACCGCCACGGCGAUCCAAAGCAGUCGCCCUCCGAUCCUCCCCAAGGAUUUCUCGGGCCAGCAGCCGGAGACUAUCCGUCUAUACCCCCUGUCCAACUACACAUUCGGUACGAAAGAAACGCAGCCCGAGGAGGAUCCAUCUGUCCUUGCGCGACUCAAGCGGUUGGAGGAACAUUAUGACCUUCAUGGCAUGCGGCGCACCUGCGAGGGUAUCCUGGUCUGCCACGAACACAACCACCCGCACGUCUUGAUGCUGCAGAUCGCCAAUGCUUUUUUCAAGCUACCAGGUGACUACCUGCACCACGAGGACGAGGAGAUCGACGGCUUCAAGAAGCGACUGAAUGAGCGUCUGGCCCCGGUGGGCUCACAAUUCUCCGGUGAAGGCGUCAAUGAAGACUGGGAGAUCGGCGAUACCCUGGCCCAAUGGUGGCGGCCGAACUUUGAGACCUUCAUGUACCCGUUCCUGCCGGGGCACGUCACACGGCCGAAGGAGUGCAAGAAGCUGUACUUCAUCCAACUGCCCAAGAAAAAGGUCCUCUCGGUCCCCAAGAACAUGAAGCUUCUCGCCGUGCCGCUGUUUGAACUAUAUGACAACACCGCCCGCUACGGCCCGCAGCUGUCCGCCAUCCCUCACCUGCUCUCGCGAUACAACUUUGAAUUCGUGGACGAGAAUGACAACGUGGUUGCCGUGACUCCGGGCACUCCUCUGGCAGAGAACCAGAUCCCGCGCACCAAGGUCCUGGCUGGCGAUGACGGGCAAGAUACCGGAAUGACGGAUAUUGGAGCGGAAGGGGAGAGAGUGGAGGGUUAG